GUGUGUGUGUGUGUGUGUGUAAGUGUGUAAAACUUGCUCUCAAGGCAGAGCCUGUAAACAAUAAAUACCCUGUUGCAAGCGAUACUUGGGGUCUUCCCCCUGGGGAGUAAAUAGUAGCUUAUAUGAACCCUGUUGCAUAGAUUUUUGUCUUAUUUAUUUUUAGUGCUACAGGUUUUUUUAGAAUGUUGCAUACCUUUUAUGCUACCAGAAUGUCCUGCCUCAUGAUCAUUCUCUAAGAUCCAGUGGCUUAAUGGAGCUUUCCACCACAGAAUGAGCAUUUUUAUGUUGCUCUUAUCUUUUAUAUUACAGGCCAGUGUGAUACAUCACAUACAAGAUGUAUUGAGUUCAGGAGCAGGACAAUCUUGGUAGCUUUGCACUGCAGGUUAUUUGUAAUAAUGUUUCAACCUGCAUAUAAGAGGGAUGGGUUUUGUGUUUUGGGAAAUUGUAAAUGAUUUAAACAAUGCUUGUCAGAAUUCACAGGCCCAUACUAACUGUCCUUAAUUUCUUUCCUACAGCAGUACUGCUAAAUGCCAGUCCUGUCUGCAUUCUUAAGGGUGCAGUGCAACACAUCCUGUGUAGCUAAUGGUGAAAAAGUAAUCCAAAGGAAGUCCUAUCAUAUCUAGUGUCUGAGUGACACUACCAAUUGGGCAUGGUUUCCAACAUUGAAAAUGUAUAAUUUAAUUUAGUGGACCCAAAGUAGAGCUAUAUGGACGGCACCCUUUUUCCUGUUCACUUACGAUAUAUAUGAAGAAAAUAAUAGUACUUGAGAACUGAAAUAUUGGUGAUUAUUCCCUUACAUGGGAAAUCUGUAUUGGUAACAUGACCUUUGCUAAUUAUAUUUUAGUUAUAAAAUGCCCUCUUUAUUAAGUUCAGUGUUAAUGGUUUUGAUACUGGGCAAAGUGGGAAAUUGGGCCCAUUGCCACAAUCGUGUGUCAUACAUUGGUUUGCUCAGAUCAAUCACAUAGGUUCUUCAUGGUUCCAGCACCCCUCUUGGAUCACCCUCUAAUAUAAAUAACUGAUUAUUGCUCUUUGUGCUCCACAGUGAGCGGCCUUUAUCAGUCACUAGAAAGUAUUCUUAAAAUGAAACCCAAUAUGUUUUGGAGCCACAGUUAGGCAUUGUUUUGGAUAUAAUCAACCUUACCCAGGUAAUGUUUAUGAGUAUACAUUUUCCAAAGUGUUACUAAUGGUAAAGAGAUGAUUUUCUAGGCUUCUAUUCUGCUGCUUGAAGUCAGAACUGCUGAUGGAGACAAAGGCACGAAAGUGGGGCAAGACGCCAGAUCCAAAAAUGAAUGCAAGAACAUAUAAGGAUGUCAUGAGAGAGCAGCAUUUGACAAAAGAAGAGCGUGAAAUUCGUCAGCAAUUAGCAGAAAAGGCAAAAUCUGGCGAUCUUAAAGUAGUCAAUGGAUCAAAUGCAUCAGCAGUCGUGCAGCCGCCAUCAAAACGCAAACGACGUUGGGAUCAAACUGCAGACCAGACUCCCGGGUCUACGCCAAAGAAAAUGUCAAGUUGGGAUCAAGCCGAGGUCACUCCUGGGCACACUCCUUCUUCGUUAAGGUGGGAUGAAACGCCUGGUCGAUCAAAAGGAAACGAAACUCCUGGAGCCACACCAGGCUCAAAGAUAUGGGAUCCUACUCCUAGUCAUACACCAGCAGGUGCAGCAACACCAGGACGUGGUGACACACCAGGCCAUGCAACUCCUGGACAUGGGGGUGCAACAUCCAGUGCACGGAAAAAUCGUUGGGAUGAGACCCCUAAAACAGAACGUGACACUCCUGGACACGGAAGUGGCUGGGCUGAGACUCCUCGCACGGAUCGAGGGGGAGACUCUAUUGGUGAAACUCCAACACCUGGAGCAAGUAAAAGAAAAUCACGUUGGGAUGAGACUCCAGCAAGUCAAAUGGGUGGUAGCACUCCUGUUUUGACUCCUGGCAAAACACCAAUUGGUACACCUGCUAUGAACAUGGCAACACCUACUCCAGGACACAUUAUGAGUAUGACUCCUGAACAGCUUCAAGCAUGGAGAUGGGAGCGUGAAAUUGAUGAACGAAACCGCCCAUUAUCUGAUGAAGAAUUGGAUGCAAUGUUUCCAGAAGGGUACAAGGUUCUCCCCCCCCCUGCUGGGUAUGUUCCUAUUCGUACGCCAGCUCGGAAGCUGACUGCAACUCCAACACCUUUAGGAGGUUUGACUGGAUUCCACAUGCCUCAAGAAGAUCGAACAAUGAAAAGUGUCAGUGAUCAACCAUCUGGAAAUCUACCAUUCCUUAAACCUGAUGAUAUCCAGUACUUUGACAAACUGCUGGUUGAUGUUGAUGAAUCUACACUCAGUCCAGAGGAGCAAAAGGAAAGAAAAAUAAUGAAAUUGCUGUUAAAAAUAAAGAAUGGCACACCUCCAAUGAGGAAGGCAGCAUUGCGUCAGAUUACUGAUAAGGCUCGUGAGUUUGGAGCUGGUCCACUGUUCAAUCAGAUCUUGCCACUACUGAUGUCUCCCACUCUUGAAGAUCAGGAGCGUCACUUGCUUGUUAAAGUUAUUGACCGUAUCCUAUAUAAACUGGAUGACCUUGUACGACCAUAUGUACAUAAGAUUCUUGUGGUUAUUGAACCUCUGCUGAUUGAUGAAGAUUACUAUGCCCGAGUUGAAGGCAGAGAAAUUAUAUCCAACUUGGCUAAGGCUGCUGGUUUGGCUACUAUGAUUUCAACUAUGAGACCUGAUAUUGACAACAUGGAUGAAUAUGUCCGUAAUACAACAGCCCGAGCCUUUGCUGUUGUCGCUUCAGCUCUGGGCAUUCCAUCCUUGCUGCCUUUCUUGAAGGCUGUUUGUAAGAGUAAAAAAUCCUGGCAGGCUCGUCACACUGGAAUAAAGAUUGUACAGCAAAUUGCUAUCCUUAUGGGAUGUGCAAUUUUACCUCAUCUGAGGAGUUUGGUGGAAAUCAUUGAACAUGGUCUGGUUGAUGAACAGCAGAAAGUGCGAACCAUCAGUGCUUUGGCUAUUGCUGCCUUGGCUGAGGCAGCUACGCCUUAUGGUAUUGAGUCAUUUGAUUCUGUACUAAAGCCAUUGUGGAAAGGUAUUAGGCAACACAGAGGAAAGGGUUUGGCUGCCUUCUUAAAGGCUAUUGGUUACCUCAUUCCUCUUAUGGAUGCAGAGUAUGCAAACUACUAUACCAGGGAAGUGAUGUUGAUUUUAAUCAGAGAAUUUCAGUCUCCUGAUGAAGAAAUGAAAAAAAUUGUCCUAAAGGUGGUCAAGCAGUGUUGUGGCACAGAUGGUGUAGAAGCAAAUUACAUUAAGACCGAAAUUCUUCCUCCGUUCUUUAAGCAUUUUUGGCAACACAGAAUGGCAUUAGACAGGCGGAACUACAGACAGCUGGUUGAUACAACAGUUGAGCUUGCAAAUAAAGUGGGAGCAGCUGAAAUAAUAUCUAGAAUUGUUGACGAUUUAAAAGAUGAAGCUGAGCAAUAUCGUAAAAUGGUGAUGGAAACAAUAGAGAAAAUAAUGGGCAAUCUUGGAGCCGCAGAUAUUGACCAUAAACUAGAGGAACAGCUGAUUGAUGGAAUACUGUAUGCUUUCCAGGAACAAACUACUGAGGAUUCGGUGAUGUUAAAUGGUUUUGGCACGGUUGUAAAUGCUCUUGGAAAGAGAGUGAAACCUUACCUACCCCAGAUCUGUGGUACAGUCCUGUGGCGUUUGAAUAACAAAUCUGCGAAAGUGAGGCAACAGGCGGCUGAUUUGAUAUCUCGUACUGCAGUUGUGAUGAAGACAUGUCAAGAGGAAAAAUUAAUGGGUCAUUUGGGUGUUGUCUUGUAUGAAUAUCUUGGAGAAGAAUACCCUGAAGUUCUUGGAAGCAUUUUAGGAGCACUGAAAGCAAUUGUCAAUGUCAUAGGAAUGCAUAAAAUGACUCCACCUAUAAAGGAUCUGUUGCCAAGGCUUACACCAAUUCUGAAGAACAGGCAUGAAAAAGUGCAAGAAAACUGCAUUGAUCUUGUUGGGCGCAUCGCUGACAGGGGAGCAGAAUAUGUGUCUGCAAGAGAGUGGAUGAGGAUUUGUUUUGAACUGCUCGAGCUGCUAAAGGCUCACAAAAAAGCUAUUCGAAGAGCAACUGUGAAUACUUUUGGUUAUAUUGCAAAAGCAAUUGGGCCUCAUGAUGUGCUUGCUACUCUUCUCAAUAACCUGAAAGUCCAAGAAAGACAAAACAGAGUGUGUACUACAGUAGCCAUUGCUAUUGUAGCUGAGACCUGUUCACCAUUCACAGUUCUACCUGCUCUUAUGAAUGAAUAUAGAGUGCCAGAACUUAAUGUACAGAAUGGAGUAUUAAAAUCUCUCUCCUUCCUGUUUGAGUACAUUGGAGAAAUGGGAAAAGAUUACAUUUAUGCUGUAACACCACUGCUGGAAGACGCUUUAAUGGACAGGGAUCUUGUACAUAGACAGACUGCCAGUGCAGUAGUUCAGCAUAUGUCUCUUGGUGUGUACGGAUUUGGAUGUGAAGACUCGUUGAACCACUUACUAAAUUAUGUGUGGCCCAAUGUGUUUGAGACUUCUCCCCAUGUAAUCCAAGCAGUUAUGGGGGCUCUUGAGGGUCUCAGGGUUGCUAUUGGGCCUUGCCGAAUGCUACAGUAUUGCUUACAGGGCCUCUUUCAUCCUGCAAGAAAGGUUAGAGAUGUAUAUUGGAAGAUCUACAAUUCAAUAUACAUUGGUUCACAAGAUGCUCUCAUAGCUCAUUAUCCUCGGAUCUACAAUGAUGAAAAGAAUACCUAUAUUCGCUAUGAACUUGAUUACAUCUUAUAAAAAUAUGGAGUCCCCUUUUUUUUUUUUUGCCACCGUUUCUAUAUUAACUUUGAAUUUGAUGUAAAAUUAAAUUUAUUGCUCACUAGUGUUGAUGGUCACAUAGACAAAUGUCAUGCCGCAUGAUUUAUUUUAGAAGCAGCCUGUUUCGAUGUAAACUCUUAACAGUAGUGGCCAUAAAACCAGUAGUUUGUCUCCUGAACAGGUCAGUUUUUGGUCCAUCUACAUAGUCAAACAUCAUUCCUAGUGUUUAAAAAGAAAGUGUAUUUGGGAAAUAAACUUUUUUAUGUAUAAAA